UAUUAUACUGUUGUAAAUUAUAUGAAUUGUAUGAAAAGAAUUGCCAGAAGGUAUUAGUAUAUUAUUUAGUUGUUUCCCUAAAAUACUAUAAUAUAUUAUAUGAAAUACAAUUUCUUUUAAAGGUGUGAAAUGUUUAGAAAUGCUCCAGAAAUAAUAAACAUUUGUGCUGUGUUACCAAAAGCGCAGUGGGCAUUUUGUGAACUUGUCCCUAAAAUUCAAGGAUAUACUCAAACCAAUGGCUCUAUGAUGGAAGAAGACCCUCAAACUGAAAAUUACAAUAAUAUCAGUUUGAAUAUUAUAUUAAAAGCAACCGAUGGAGAACUUCUUAGAUACAUAUAGUUUGUAUUUUAAUUUUCAUCUUCUGUUUCAAAUUUAGAAAAACAUUAAUCUAAUGAUAGUCAUUAAUAUGCAACGGUGAAAUAACAAAAUUGUUCUGUUUUAAAAUAAUUUUUUUGUUAAACUGUUCAUCAAAGUAUUUCAUCUUCAUUAUGUUUUGUUCUGUGACACUUGUUAAAAUAUUCAUGGUGUUUAUUUAACAAUUACAAAUUUAUCUAGCCACCUUUGUCUCGAUAAUGUUAAAGGAUAAUGCUAAAGGAUGAAAUGUCCAAAUCUAAACCUGCUACAUUUCAACCUGCGAUCACCAUGUAACAUAUCAAUUUUCACUGUUCUUAACCACAAUUCGACUGUAGCGUUGCUUUAGCGAUUUUCAAUACCAUUAUUAAACUUAUUAUUCAUAAUAGGCGUUCAAAGCGUUAAGAAAGGUAUGAAUUUUGCAAUAAACUCUUGCAAGUAUGAUUCUUCAAAAUAAUCAUUCAUAUUUUAUCUAAUUUGAAAGAUGAACUCCUUGCCAAGGAUAUAUUUAUGCACAUUCAAUUUAAGAAUGGAUGUUUGAAACAAAUGUUAUUUAAUUAGCUUUUUUAAUUUUAUUUGAUAUAUAGUAUUAGAUAUUUUGUAUUAUGAUUAAUAACAAUAAUGCAUUUAUCAUUUAUUAAUUUAGGUGGUGCGGAUUUUUAUUUACCAUUGAAUCAGAAAAAUAAUAUGUGGUUCCCGCAAAUAAGGAAACAGAGUUUUCAAUAGUUAAUACUAUAACAUACUCUUCAAGAGGCGUUAUUUAAUCACCAUCAAAUUAAAAAAUGAAUCUGAUGGUACUGCAAAAGGAAAUGGAUAAUUAAAAUACAAAAUAAAAGUAAAUCAUGAUUAAAUAAUUAUUAUUUAUUAUUGUACAAUAUUAGCCUGGUUGUUUUUUUAAAUUUUUAAUCAAGUUAGUGAACAAGGAAUUCAUUUUUUAAUUUUCUUUGUAGUUUUUUUAUUAAUUGAGUAAAACAUUAUAAACGUGUAUACUUCUCGGUUUUGUAAAUUAUUGAAAAAUUAAAACAAAUAAUAAAAUGUAAAGGAUGAUUCAUCACCCCAUUUUUUUGGUUAAAUUUUGCAUAUAUUUAAAUUCUGAUUUUUUGAAUUUUUAAGUGUAGUUAAAAUAUUAAUAUUUAUUUGUAUAUGUAUAAUUAUUUAUUUUAUUUAUUGUAAUUGACACCCACAAGAGGUAAAGGUACAGUUCUAUAUAGGCACAGACAUAAAAAAAAAUUGGGGGAGGGGUUCAUAAAAAACGUACAAUAAUCAAUAUUCAUAAAAAAAAAAAUAUUAAAUUAAUGUAAAUAAAUUACAGAACUAUUAAUUUUCGGGGUGGGAGGUUUGAACUCUCAAAACCUUCCCCUGUAUAUGUGCCUGAAAGUAUAACUUUAGACUAAUCAGACAGAAAACAUAAUUAACACAUAAUACAGUUAGUAUGACAAAUAGGAAUUAAAUUAAUACAUGGAAUUUCAAUUUGGUAAUAGGAUCAAAAUUAAAGUCAAAGUUAACAAGUUUGUUACAUGACUUGGGCCAGCAGCAUAACAGACUAUUAUUUACAUAAUUCAAGGUACUAAAUGGAACAUGGAAGGUUGACUUGUUCUGGAAUCUAACGCAAGCACUCCAUUGCCAAUUUUAGAUAAUAACUCUGAUUUAGAUAAUAUAUAAUGCUUACUUAAUUAUUUAACCAUAAUAUAAAUAACUAGGUAUUUAUGAAAAUUUAAAAAUGUAAAAAUGAACUUAAAAAAAAAAAUGUUAUAAAAAAAUUGUUAUUGUUAAAAAUUUUAUUGUAAUUAAUGUAGUUGUUUUAGUAAAAAAUGUAAUUCAAAAUGUUGCUGCCAUGGCUGUUACCACCGCUACCACUACCAAGUUUGUCGCGAUCACAGUCACGCCUUCAUUGGCGCCGUGACAACAUGGACUGGGCCAGUUGUACUAGCCCCUGGACCACCUAAAUCAAUAGAUUAGUACAUCUUUGAGUAUAACAAAAUUAAUUAGUAUUUACAGUUUGAAAUGCCGCUACGGUCCCAAUCACGACCCCGUGACCUCCAGUUUUGAACUUGUGGUUGUUGGUGUUGUUGUGGUGGCGGUGGUCUGUUAACAAGAAACAAGUGGUUGAAAAAAAUACAAAAUACAUCACAAAUGUAAGUCUAAUAAGGUGCAAAACAUUAUAAUUAAAUAAAAUCAAAUAUGUUUUUUUUAAUUUCAGAUAUCUACCAGCAGAAAAAACUCAUGUUAUUUUAUACAGUGAUUCAUGUUCAAAAAUUAAUACAAAUAGAAUAUUAUACACCCAACUGUUGACUUUCAAUUGUUGAGUGUAAAAGAAAAUUUAAAUUUUUUCUUAUCAAAGGUGUUUUUUUUGGUUUUUUAAAUAUAUAUUUAAGCAUUUUAAUAAUUAAAAUAAUGUUGGUGCGGAUGUCACUGCUGGUGGCUAAAUAUUAAAUUAUAUAAAUAUGUAACAUAUUAUAAUUUAAAAAAAGAUUACAUGUAUAAACUACGUUUAAAAAUAUAAAGUAAAGUAAAAUCUAACUAUUACCUAUCUAUAUGGUUUGUAAUAUAUUUGGUAGAUGAAUAAAAAAUUAAUAAAUUAACCAGUUUAAACUGAUCGAUUUUUGAUAAUUUACGGAAUAUAUUUGGUAAACAGUAUUUUAUGAUAUAAAUAUAAAUAAUAAAUAUAGUACAAAUUGUCUGAAAAAUAACUGCGUACCUCUUGAAUAUUGUCAGAUAAAUAAUAUAUUAAUAUAUAGUUUAAAUAAAUAAUUGCAAGAUUUUUUAAACAAAUUUGAAAUAUAUCUUCUAAAAGAUUCGUAAAUAAUAGUAAUAGUUACAUUUGUUAUGCAUACUGUGGCAUGUCCUGGUUUUAAAAUAAAUAGAUCCCGAUAUUAUACUAUUAAUUUAUAAUAAUAUAUUUAGUAAAAGGGUGUAUGUAAUAAAAAUAUUGACCAAUUGGUAGGUACUUAAAUUAAAAUAAUUAACAAUAAAUAUAAUACUUAAAUUUUAAUAGAAGAUAAAACAAUAGAAGACAAUUUCAUGAUCAUUACAUUCACUAAGCUUUAUUGCUUCGGAUAAUGUAUAGCUUAUAGUGGGUUAUUAUUUUGUUAAUAAAAGAAUUAAAUGAAUUUUAAUUAUUUGAUUAUGUGGAAUGGCUAUGGGAUCUACUUCAAAUAAAAAUAAUAUUCACUAAUAAUAUCAAAUUAUUAGAAAUAUAUUUAGUUUAAAAUUCUUUAAUAUAUUACAUGGGAGCGAUAAACUGAACAAUUUUAUGAAAAAUAUAAUAAAAUUGAUGAAUUAACUUGUUUCAGUAUGUAUAUGCAUUAACAAUACAUAGGUAUACAAUUAAUUUUAAUGUAUACAGAAACAGUUUAAAUACAGAAAAACUAACAAAAUGUUUAAAAUAAUCUGCAAUGUAUGGGAGGCAACUCUACUAUAACAGUGAGUUUAAUUAUUAUUAUUAUUAUUAUUAUUUUAAAAGGGAAUAAUGACAAUUAAUUCUUCUUUCAUAGAGGUUUUAAAUUCAAAUUUUAAAAAGUUUAAAAUAUUAUUAUAAUUAAAACAUGAAGAUCUAUCCAUAUUUCAUUUGUAGCAAAUAUAUCUAUGAACAUUAUUUUGAACUCUUCAGUAAAGGCCAAUAUUUUGGGAUUCCAAUAUAAUUAUUGUGUACUUCAACCGAGAUCUAACAAGCGUAUAUAAGCAUUUAAAAAUUACAGACUCAUUAAUAUGAACUAUUACGCAUAAUUAGCGAAACAAGAAAAAAGCUUGGAGCUAUAGAGAACAUUCAGUGAUUGUUAAAUAAGAGUUUACAGUCAAAAUAUAUCCAGAGAUCUUUAACUAAUCAACAUGUUAAGAUUAGAGAGACCGUAAUUUUGAAUAAAAGGAUCUUAAAAAUGUAAAAGAAAUUUAUUAUCAUAUUAAUAAAAUAUAGUAUAGAAAGUACAGUGUAGUCCCGAUUAUCCGCGUCUUCCACGGAAUCGUCUACAUACCUAUAUGUAUACAAAAAAUAUACGUAUUGUAUCUUUCCAUUAUAAAUCAUUAUAGGUUUAAUUGGGUUGUGAAUUUUUCUAAAUCUCUUACUGGAGGAGAGAAUGUUGACGAAGAAAACAUUAAUGAGUGGAUAAAUUGUGAUGCCAAGGAUCCAGGAUUUGAGCGUCUUAGUGAUGAACAAAUAGUAAGUGGAGCAUUAGGUACAGUUUCGGAAAGUGAAGGUGAAGAAGAAGAAAACGAUGAAGUAAAUGAAGUAAAGCAAGUUAGCCAUGAAGCAGCUCUAAAACAUAUAGACGGGAUCAUUAAAUAUCUAGAAGAACAAGACGAUACAACUCUGUNAAUUAUACAUAUAUAA